AUGAAGGCUCUACUCUUUUUGUUUUCUUUAAUUUUUUUUGUUACCAAAUGUCAAUGUGAAACGGAAGAUUAUAAACAGCUUCUAGUGAAGCUGGACAAGCUGGAGGGGCUCGUGGUAGACGGCUACGAGCUGUUCCACAAAAAUAAAAUUUCAUUAGAUAAUAUUGAUGCAGUCCAAAAUAUUGAUGGAAAUAAUGUUAAUGCUUUAGCUUACAAAAUAAGAGAUAUCGUGGGCAAGUAUUUGGAGCUACAAAUUCCUGGACAUGGAAACUUGCUACACAUGAUAAGGGAAUUGGCCUUGGACGCCAAUGGGCUAAAAUAUCUUGUGGAGAAUUACGAGGAAUUUAACCAACUCAUGCACGUAAUCAACUUUAAUUAUGAUUUGUUGAGAGCGAAACUCAACGACAUGUGUGCCCAUGAGUAUUGCAAAAUACCCGAACACCUAAAAAUCUCUGCCAAGGAGUUGGACAUGCUGAAGAAAGUUGUGCUCGGUUAUAGGAAGCCCCUCGACAACAUAAAAGAUGACAUUGGAAAAAUGGAGGCCUUCAUCAAUAAAAACAAAGAAACAAUAAAUAACAUCAAUCAGUUAAUUACUGCGGAGAAUGCUAAAAUAGUCGGCCAUCCCAUCAACGGGGUUAAUGUCACCGGCGCGUCUAGCGAUGCUGUUGCUAAUACAGGCACUCCAGUAGCCGCUGCUGCAGGCGCUGCUGCGGCCGCCGUUCCAGGUGCUAUUGCUUCUCCUUCCCCUGUAGAAUCUUCUACACCUGAAAACUACGACCAGAAGAAAGUAAUCUUCCAAGCCAUUUACAACUUCAUAUUUUACACGAAUCAGCUGGAGGAGGCGCAGAAGUUAAUGCAAGUUUUAGAGAAACGCGUGAAAUUGUUGAAGGAGCACAAAAGCAUCAAGGCGUUACUAGAACAGAUCGCAACCGAGAAGAAUAAUCUUACUACUAAUAAUGCGACCACUGGAGGUGCUACAACUAUACCGGAAGAAGUACAGAAAAAAAUUGCCGACCUAGAGAAGCAAAUCGUAGCCAUUGCCAAAACGGUGAACUUCGAUAUGGACGGUCUGUUCACCAAUGUAGAGGAAUUGGAGUACUACUUGAGGGAGAAGGCAAAAAUGGCUGGAACGCUAAUCGGCCCAGAAAGUAGCCAGUCAACAGGCACCCCCGGAAAGGCAGUUCCAACGUUGAAGGAGACCUACCCAUAUGGAAUAACCUACGCUCUACCAGAAAGAACCAUUUACGAAUUGAUAGAGAAAUUUGGAUCUGAGGAAUCAUUUGGGGAUUUACAAAAUCCGGAUAAUGGAAGGCAACCAAAUAAAGGAAUUAUCAUUAAUGAAACCAAGAGAAAAACAUUGGUUGACAAAAUUAUGAGCAAAAUAAAAUUGGAAGAAGAGAAAUUGCCCAAACUAAAAAAAGAGUACGAUGAAAAAAUGGAACAAUACAAGCAGAAGGUUCAGGAUUUCCUACCAACACUUAAAUAUUUUUAUGAAGGAAAACUAGACAACACCCUUGUUGGAAGCAAAUUUGAUGAAUUUAAGAACAAGAGGGAAGCAUAUAUGAAGGAGAAGGAAGAAUUAGAGAAAUGCACCUACGAACAAAGCAUCAAUCUUAUUAACAAGUUGAAAAAACAAUUAACUUAUUUAGUGGACUACACCUUAAAGAAGGAUGUCACUGAGGAUGAAAUUAACUACUUUUCCGAUCUGGAAUGGAAACUAAAGAACGAAAUUUAUGAGCUAGCUAAGGAAGUUCGAAAAAACGAAAACAAACUCAUCAUGGAAAACAAGUUCGACUUCUCCGGCGUUUUGGAAUUACAAAUACACAAAGUGUUGAUGAUAAAAAAAAUAGGAGCUCUAAAAAAUGUCCAAAAUCUUCUUAAAAAUGCCAAACUGAAGGAUAAACUGUACAUUCCAAAGGUCUACAAGACUGGCCAGAAACCUGAGCCCUACUAUUUGAUUGUUCUCAAAAAGGAGAUUGACAAGCUGAAGGAUUUUAUCCCCAAAAUUGAGACCAUGAUUGCCACUGAGAAGGCCAAGGCACCCACAGAACCAGUAAAGGUCAGGGCACAAUCGCUCAGAGGAGCAAGUGAAACAGCACCAUCAGAACCACCAACAGCAACAGAAUCAGGAUCAACAACUUCAGCAUCAACAGCUGUACAGCAACCAACACAACAAGCAGCACAAGCAGCACAAGCAGCAUCACCAGUAACAGUAACACAACCAACAGAAACUGUAACACAAACACCAGCACCAGCAACAGAAACAGCAGGAGAAGCAGCACAAGAGACAUCACCAGUAUCACCAACAGCACCUGCAGUAGUAUCAGAAGCAGGAACAGAAGGAGGAGAAGGAACUACAGAAGUAGUAGCACAACCGGAAGCAGCAUCAGGAGAAACACAGACACCAACACCAGGAGCAGUAGAUGCAUCACCUGCAGCACCAGUACCAGCAGGAACACCAGGAACAACAGAUGCAGCACCCGAAGCAUCAGUACCAGCACCAGCAGGAUCAGCACUCCCUGCAACAACAGCCCCAGCAGCAGCAGCCCCUGCAGCACCAGCCAUGUCAAAACUGGAAUAUCUGGAAAAACUCCUGGAAUUUUUAAAAUCCUCUUACGCAUGUCACAAACACAUUUUCCUGACGAACUCCACCAUGAACCCUGAACUACUGAAGCAGUACGCACUUACGACUGAUGAGGAGAAAAAGAUUAAGGAAAGCGCAUGUGAUGAGCUAGAUCUCCUAUUCAAUGUUCAGAAUAAUUUGCCUUCCAUGUACUCCAUAUAUGACACCAUGAUCAACGACCUUCAGAACCUGUACAUUGAGUUGUACCAGAAGGAAAUGGUUUACAACAUAUAUAAGAACAAAGACACGGACACAAAGAUUAAGGCUUUCCUAGAAACAUUAAAAAGCAAUGCGGCUUCGGUGACCCCUGCUGUAGUACCAGCAGCAGCACCAGUAGUAACACCAGCACCAGCCGAACCAGUAGUAACACCAGCACCAGCACCAGGACAGGCAGCACCAGCAGCAGCACCAACAACAACAAAUCCAAGCACCACUCCAUCAGGAACUACAACUAACGCAGUAAGCCCCACAACGGCAGUAACUCCAGGCGCACAGGAUACAACUCAAACGACCACACAGGAUACAACGGUAACAGAAGAAGGAGGCGUAACCGUGCAAGCUAGCAGCGAAGAGGAACCUGAAACUAACAUUGUGAAUGUGGAAAAGAUUUACGAAAAGCACCUAUCCCAAAUGGACAAGUACAACGAUUACUUCAUCAAGUUCUUGGAGUCACAAAAGGAGAAAAUUACCAGUAUGACUGAAGAACAGGCCAAUGCAUUAGGUGCUGAAAUUGAAGCACUUAAGAAAAAGGUACAAGUAUCUCUAGACCAUUAUGGAAAGUACAAGCUCAAAUUGGAAAGAUUCCUCGAGAAGAAAAAUAAAAUUUCCAAUAGCAAGGAACAUAUUAAAAAGCUCACAAGUUUGAAAAAUAAAUUGGAACGAAAACUGAACUUUUUGAAUAACCCAACAAGUGUAUUAAAAAAUUACAUCAUUUUUUUUAACAAGAAGAAGGAAGCAGAAAAGAAAGAAGUGGAAAAUACACUUAAGAACACGGAAAUUUUGUUGAAGUAUUAUAAGGCACGAGCGAAAUAUUACAUAGGUGAACCUUUUCCAUUGAAAACCUUAAGUGAAGAAUCACUGCAGAAGGAGGACAACUACCUGAACCUAGAAAAGUUUAGAGUGCUAAGCAGAAUGGAAGGAAGGCUUGGAAAUAACAUUAAUUUGGAGAAGGAGAACAUUAGCUACCUCUCCAGUGGACUACACCACGUCUUUACGGAACUGAAGGAAAUUAUUAAGAACAAGAAAUACACCGGUAACGACCACGCGAAGAACACUACGGCAGUGAAGGAGGCGCUACAGGCCUAUGAGGAAUUGCUUCCCAAGGUGGCCACUCAAACCGCAUCCCUACCACCAGUUGCACCACCUGCUGUAGUACCACCAGUAGUGCCAGAAGCAGAAGCUGAAGCAGAAGCUGAAGCUGAAGCAGAACCAGCAACAUCAACACAACCAGCAACAGCAGACACAGCAGCACCAACACAAACACCAGCAGCACCAACACAAACACCAGCAGAACCAGCAACAGCAACAGCAACAACAGGAGAAACAGCAGCAGCACCAGCAGCACCAGCUCCCGUGGAGGUGCAAAACGCAGAAGUAAAAGCGCAGGAAUACGGAGAGGACUACGACAAAGUAAUCACUCUACCCCUGUUCGGCAAUGAUGAAGACGAUGUAGAGGACCAGGAGGAAAAGCAAAUAAUAACGGGGGAGGCAGAAAAUGCGCAACCUGAAAAUAUCGUACCAGAAGGAAUAAACGAGUACGAAGUGGUCUACAUAAAGCCAUUGGCAGGAAUGUACAAAUCUAUAAAGAAGCAACUGGAGAAUCACGUGGCUGCAUUCAACACUAACAUAACGGACAUGUUAGAUUCUAGGUUGAAGAAAAGAAACUACUUCUUAGAUGUUCUAGACUCUGAAUUGAACCCAUUUAAGUAUUCUUCAUCCGGAGAGUACAUCAUUAAGGACCCAUACAAAUUACUCGAUUUGGAGCAGAAGAAGAAACUCCUGGGUAGCUACCAGUACAUUGGUGCAUCAGUCGACAAAGAUUUGAUCACUGCGAAGGACGGUAUGGAAUACUACAACAAAAUGGGCGAACUGUACAAGCAACACUUGGAAGCAGUGAAUGCACAGAUUAAGGAAAUCGAAGCGAGUGUACCUGGUGAACAGAGCCAAUUGAAUGCUCAAAAGGAAGAGUUAAAGAAGUACCUCCCUUUCCUGAACAGCAUCCAAAAGGAGUACGAAUCUCUGGUGAACAUGGCACACACCUAUAAGGAGAACCUAAAGAAAUUCAUAAACAACUGCCAAAUAGAGAAAAAGGAAACUGAAAUCAUUGUGAAGAAAUUGGAAGACUACACGAAAAUAGAUGAGAACUUGGAGAUCUACAAAAAAUCAAAGAAAGAAAGUGAUGUAAGAUCUUCAGGUCUUUUGGAAAAGUUGAAAAACUCUAAAUUAAUUAAUGAAGAAGAAUCCAAGAAAGUAUUAUCCCAACUGUUAAAUGUACAAACUCAGAUGUUAAAUAUGAGUUCCGCACAUAAGUGUAUAGACACCAAUGUACCUGAAAAUGCAGCCUGCUACAGAUACUUGGACGGAACGGAAGAAUGGAGAUGUUUGUUAGGCUUUAAAGAAGUAGGAGGCAAAUGUGUGCCAGCGUCGAUAACUUGUGAGGAGAACAAUGGUGGUUGUGCCCCUGAAGCUGAAUGUACAAUGGAUGACAAGAAGGAAGUUGAGUGUAAAUGUACUAAAGAAGGUUCUGAACCACUUUUUGAGGGAGUUUUCUGUAGCUCCUCCAGCUUCCUAAGUUUGUCCUUCUUGUUACUCAUUUUGAUUUUCUUCCUUUCCAUGGAGCUUUAA